AUGGAGCAGCUCGGCAACUUUAUCCUUCCCGUUGAGAUGCAUCACCUCCUCCGGGAUUGCUGCCGCGAGGCUGAGCGGGCCGAUGUUGUCUCCCGGGGUCUGGACCUACUGCGCGCGGCGCUCCCCGAGUCGUUCCAUGGCCAUCUGAUAGCCCUCGCCGGAGAGAUUCGAACCUCCAGCAGGCUCCUCCGCGGUCUUGCAGAUCGCUCCCAAGUGCACAUUAUGCGCGUACCCAUCGUCACCACCUACCUAGACGUCGUGCUGCCCUGCCUGUCCAAGUCUCUCAAAGAUAUCAUGGCUUACUACGAGGACAAGACCCUAACGAGGGAAAUACGCUGGCGCAAGAUGUACAACAAGAUGACCGAGGAGGCAGGGGGCCUUCCUUUGCCCCAGCGCUUCGUGCUCUACAACCACUACCUCUCAUUGCUGAGACAGCUAUUGACCAGGUCACCCAGUUUCGACCUGAAUACGUUGGAGAGUCUCCGCACGCGGAUUCUGAAAUUGCGGGAGCAGAGAGGAAUCCCGGCGCCACCUUUGCAAGUUGGCCCUCUGGUCCGCCAGGACCUGAUGUCUCUGGCAGUAUUGCAGGAACCUAACGCGCAUUGGGCCGAGCAGAUAUUCUCACUGCCCUUGCCGUCACGAACGGCCCUGAAGCAUCUGAAACCCUCCAAAUCUUACGGUCCGUUCUACCCCUGGGGACAUAUCGCUGUACCACCGGAUGCAAAAAUACUCUUUAGGCGGCCGUUCGACAACGAUACCAUCUCCAUCGUAGUGUUUUUGAACACGGUAAACCAAGCUCCCUACUUCUUGAUGAGAACCAUGCAGGGGGACACGCCGUGGUUCUCCAUGCUCGGCGCUCAUGAGAUUUGCAUUGAGCGGGAGGGAAGUGCGCUACAACUGAAGCGCUGGAGCCGAUCGGAUCAGUGCAGUAAGCUCUGGGCGGCAUUAUACUUCCAAACGUGGGAAGAAAUGGUGCUGUUUUACUGCAGCUUUGUUGCGCUCAAGGCUCGGAACGUCCUGACGAUUCAGAUCCAUCCGAAUGAGUUCAAAUUGCGGAGGGAAAGACGCUUGUUUCAGGCUCAAAUAAUCGACGACGGUUUCAAGCAUUCGCUCAUUGUCUACGAAGACCAGCAGACUCGUGGCCUACGCCUCCAUGCCGCAGUCUGGGAAGGUGAACUCAGGCAGUGCCCUGUCUGGACCGCCUUUGUUACACACCAGUCCCAGUCGCCCACAUGGCUCAGUCGGCGCUCAAAGAACCGUGUCUGGCUCAAAGAUGUACAACUCUACGUAUUCUGCAACAACUAUCGGCAAGAAAACAUGCGCCAGAACAAGUCGGGCGCAUUUGAAAUCUACUUUGACCGGGAGGAAGGGGCCAGGAGAUUUAAGGAGGUAUUUGCACUCCGGUCUGCCUCGUCCGAGUCGUCGGAAAAUGAGCCUAUCGCCGGCACCUCGACAUAG